AUGUCCACCUCCAAAACCCCAGAAAAACCCUUCAAUCUCUAUGAACCAAUCCUUACACAAACAGGAUUUACUUUACUACAAAGAAACACUUCUGUUUCCCAACCUAGUGAGAAAAGAGGUCGCAGAAAGCAAGCAGAACCAGGGAGGUUCCUUGGCGUUAGAAGGCGGCCUUGGGGCCGAUACGCUGCUGAAAUCAGAGAUCCUACCACAAAAGAAAGGCACUGGCUUGGUACAUUCGAUACUGCUCAAGAAGCCGCCCUUGCUUAUGAUCGAGCAGCACUUUCCAUGAAGGGGACUCAAGCAAGAACCAAUUUUGUAUACUCAGAUAACACAAAUUUCCAUUCUCUUAUCAGCCCUUUUGAUCUCCAAUCCAUACUGCCGCCAUCGCACUCGCUGACCAAGAACCAAAAUAAACAACAUGAUGCUACUAAACAUCCUAGUUCUUCAUCUCAGGCCAGAGAGCAUCCAAUAUCAUCUGACAAUGACGCUUGUUCUCAGUCCUCUUAUGGUUCAUCCCCUAGUGAGAACUUCUUUUUCUCUAGCGGGAGUGAAACCAACUCAGGCUACUUGGACUGCAUAGUUCCUGAUAAUUGCUUAAAGCCUCCAUCUCAUCACAAAGAGUACUCAAAUAACAGCAAUGCUGAUCAAACAUCAGUUGACCAGAGUAAUUACUCAAAUUUGAGGGUUUUAGAGAAUCAAUCACAUUCUGAUGCUGACGUGACUAAUGUUCUUCCUGUGGAUUCUACAAACCCUGGAAACUUUUCGUGCUACGAAGGACUUAACUUUGGAUUCUUGGAAAACGAGCAGUCAUGGGAGAUGAAUUCUUGUGAGCUUUCAGCAGUGAUCAACAACCCAUUGAUGGGUGAAACUGGAUGCAUGGAGGGGUAUGAUCCAACCGUGGACAAUACAAGUCUCGAGUCAAUGGCUGCAGCCACAUCAUCAGCUGGCUUCUCCUCUGUAUUUCCUCCAUUUGCAUUUGGUGAUGUUGUUGACUCGGGAUAUCCCCUAUUCUAA